GAAUUUGUCAAGUCCAGAGGCUGAGCUCUUUCUUUUCCUCGGUGGGUCAGGCCCUCUGACCCUGCAGGCCAGGAUGACGUGCCGGUGGGAAGAGGAUGGACACAUCAGUGGAUCCUGGCAGUUUGGCUUCAAUGGCCAAAUGUGGCUCCGCUUUGAUUCAGAGAAUGAACACUGGACAGUGGUUCAUUCUGGAGGGAGGCGGAUGAAAGAGAAGUGGGAGAAUGACAGAGCUGUGACCGACUACUUGAAGAGGGUCUCCAUGAGAGACUGUCGGGCCUGGCUUCAGGAUUUUAUGGUGCGCUGGGAGGAAAUGUUGAAGAGCACAGCAUCACCGACCACGGGCCCCCCUGCAGUCCAGCCCAGGGCUACAGCCAUCGAUCUCACCACAAGGAUUGUCCUCGGGGUUCUCGCCAGUUUCUUCAUAAUGGGCAUCAUAGUAGCCUGGAGCCUUUACAAGAAGAGGAGACGGUGCUCCCAGGAAGCCCGACAGGUGCUCUGUCUGCCUUUCUUCUGCUCUUCACUUUAGAUCCAGGAGAUCAGACCCCAUGGAUCCUGAGUGUGUUUUCUGGUUACGACGACACAUCAUCUCAUGAGCUUUAUCACAUUUGAUGAAAUCCUACUCAGCAUCUCUUAAAAAAAAUCGGAAGCAAUUUAUUUCACCACUUUCUCCUGGUGCUAAGCGAUGGAAUUUCUACACUGAAAUGUCCAGGUACUUGAAGAAAUCUCCACAAACAGGACAUUUUUCAUCGUAUUCUAGUUUGUGGAUAAUUAGACUCUGCCUCGUGACCUCGUUCUUGCAAAUGGUAUUGCAAGAAAAAUACCAUCUGGUAUUAUAGGACUCAGGGAUUCUUUCUGUGUCUGGAGAAAUCACCUCAGCCUACUUUCAAUAGAACAAAGUUUUAUUUAUGACUGUUCCCUUAAUAAUUUAUUAUGCUGAAAGUGCAAGUGUUAGUUGC